GUGUCUGAGGUAUCGCAUCCUAGAGUGCGCGGUAUGCUUGGCUCUUGCGUCCAGCUGAUGGUCGUGACUGGCAUACUGGGAGCCUACGUUGCAGGGAUGGCGCUGCAGUGGCGCUGGCUGGCAGUGUUGGGCUCCUUUCCAGCCUGUGCGAUGCUGCUGUUCAUGUCCUUCAUGCCCGAAACACCGCGAUUUCUGCUGAAUCGCAACAAACGCUCGGAAGCUGUAGCCGCGCUGCGCUUCCUGCGGGGACCACAUGCAGACCACGACUGGGAAUGUGGGCAGAUGGAAGCUGGUGUUCAGGAGGGGGGCCUGAGUCUCUCUGAAUUUAAGAACCCUGCAAUCUACAGGCCGCUCCUCGUUGGCGUGGCAUUGAUGUUCUUCCAGCAAGUAACGGGCAUUAAUGCAGUUAUGUUCUACGCAGAAACUAUCUUUGAGGAUGCAAACUUCAAGGACAGCAGAAUGGCUUCUGUUGUGGUUGGGUCCAUACAAGUGUGUUUCACUGCUGUGGCUGCACUUAUCAUAGAUAAAACUGGACGAAAAGUGCUGCUUUACACAUCUGGAAUAAUCCUGGCUCUCAGUACUGCAUUGUUUGGGCUUUAUUUCAAAAUGGUCCUGCCACAACAAACCAACGCAUCAAAUCCGGAUGUGUGGAUGAGCAUGAACUCGGCAUCCCCAGGAACAGGAAGCAGCAUCUCCUGGUUGGCAGUAGUGACCCUGGGGCUCUUUGUCGCAGGUUUUGCCCUUGGCUGGGGUCCUGUCCCAUGGCUAGUGAUAUCUGAAAUCUUCCCACUGAAAGCCAGAGGCAUAUCCAGUGGUGCGUGUGUGUUAACAAACUGGAUGAUGGCCUUCUUGGUAACCAAAGAAUUCCAUGACUUGACAGACUUCUUAACACCCUACGGCACGUUCUGGCUCUUCUCUGCCUUCUGCUGCCUCAGCGUAACCUUCACAGCCUUUUACGUUCCCGAAACGAAAGGACAGACCCUGGAACAAAUCGAGGCCUACUUCAGAUCAGGUAGAGAUCUGCAGCUGGAGCAGGUCUCCAAGUCUAAAAGAUCCCUGGAAACAGAAACCAGUGCUGGUCUCGUCAGAGCUGCAGAGUGCUUAAGACACAAACUCCAAGCUGACCGGUACGACGCAGCACUGGAACAAAUGCCAUCUCUGGAAUGA